AUGCUUCACAUUGCGGUAGAAUUUGGACAUGAGCCAGUGGUCCGGCUACUACUCGAAAAAGGCGCCGAUAUCUCCUCUACAGAUAGUUCUGGAUGGAAUGCACUCCACCAUGCAGUAUCAAAAGGACAUGAACCAGUGGUACAGCUACUGCUCGAAAAAGGCGCCGAUAUCUCCUCUACAGAUAGUUCUGGAUGGAAUGCACUCCACCAUGCAGUAUCAAAAGGACAUGAACUAGUGGUACAGCUACUGCUCGAGAAAGGCGCCGAUAUCUCCUCUACAAAUAAUUCUGGAUGGAAUGCACUCCACCGUGCAGCAUCAGAUGGACAUGAGCCAGUGAACGGGCGUCACAACGGGGGCGAGAUAUCACCCAUACGGCGUAGGGAGCGUAGGUCUGAAGUAUUGGAGCUUAGAUACACAAGUGCGUUGAUUUCGAAGUCGGUUACGGCGUAUAUCGGAUUCCCGAUUUUCUCUUCCAGGGGGGGCCUUAUUACAACAUGUAGUGGUGGUCAAUGA